GAACAUAGUCAUAUUUUGAGUAAAGAAAUGAUCGAUUUUGAGGAAUCUAAAAAAUUUAACAAUAAAAUGUUAGAUGAUAUUAAGUUUAUAACUGUUUUUUGUAAAUUUGGUGCAACAAGUCAAAGAAAAUUUCUUGAAAAUAAAUAUCCAUUACAUCCUAUAUAUUCAAAAGAUCUUUAUACAGCAAUAAGCAAGUUUUGUCCAACACAAAAGUCUUUAUCAAAUGAUGUAUCUCUGGUUUUAAAUUAG